UCUUGUUCCCAAAGAAAUUCCUCCAGGCCUAAUACCUGAUUUCACCCAAAGCUUGUAAAUCUUGCAUCAAUGGCGACGGUAGGGGUGGAGAUGAAGCAGCCGGAAUCAAUUAUGGUGGAUGAAACAUGCUCCGCCAAGGCGGCGGGGAAGCAAGGGGAGGGGCUCAGGCAAUACUAUCUACAACACAUCCAUGAGCUCCAGCUACAGGUCCGCCAGAAGACUCAUAAUCUUAAUCGUCUGGAAGCUCAGCGCAAUGAGCUCAAUUCCAGAGUGAGAAUGCUUAGAGAAGAACUACAGCUGCUUCAGGAGCCUGGUUCAUAUGUUGGUGAAGUUGUCAAAGUAAUGGGAAAAAAUAAGGUGUUGGUUAAGGUUCAUCCAGAAGGGAAAUAUGUUGUUGAUAUUGACAAAAAUAUUGAUAUCACAAAGAUCACUCCAUCAACAAGGGUUGCCCUCCGUAACGACAGCUAUGUACUUCACUUGAUCUUGCCAAGCAAAGUGGAUCCAUUGGUCAACCUUAUGAAAGUUGAAAAGGUUCCAGAUUCUACAUAUGAUAUGAUUGGUGGUCUUGACCAACAAAUUAAGGAGAUAAAGGAGGUUAUUGAACUUCCAAUUAAGCAUCCUGAAUUAUUCGAGUCUCUUGGAAUUGCUCAACCAAAGGGUGUUCUUUUGUAUGGGCCACCUGGUACUGGAAAGACUCUAUUAGCUAGGGCUGUAGCCCAUCAUACUGACUGUACUUUCAUUAGGGUUUCUGGCUCCGAAUUGGUUCAAAAAUACAUUGGUGAAGGAUCUAGAAUGGUCAGAGAACUUUUUGUCAUGGCAAGGGAACAUGCUCCAUCCAUCAUUUUCAUGGAUGAAAUUGACAGUAUUGGAUCUGCUAGAAUGGAAUCUGGGAGUGGAAAUGGUGACAGUGAGGUCCAGCGGACUAUGCUGGAGCUUCUCAAUCAGCUGGAUGGAUUUGAAGCUUCAAACAAGAUCAAGGUUUUGAUGGCAACUAAUCGGAUUGAUAUUCUGGAUCAAGCUCUCCUUAGACCUGGACGGAUUGACAGGAAAAUAGAAUUUCCAAAUCCUAAUGAAGAUUCUCGUCUCGAUAUCUUGAAAAUCCAUUCAAGAAGAAUGAAUUUAAUGCGUGGGAUUGAUUUAAAGAAGAUUGCGGAGAAGAUGAAUGGUGCAUCUGGUGCGGAGCUCAAGGCUGUGUGCACGGAGGCAGGAAUGUUUGCCCUAAGGGAGAGGCGGGUCCAUGUAACACAAGAAGAUUUUGAGAUGGCAGUAGCAAAGGUCAUGAAGAAGGAGACAGAGAAGAACAUGUCAUUGCGCAAGCUUUGGAAAUAAAUAAAUAAAAUCCAUAUUUUAAUAUUUUGGUUUUCUGAAUCAACCAAUGGGAACACGAAGAAGAGGAAUCAAAUAGUUUAUCCAUUGGAUUUGAUUUUUCCUGCUUGGACUUGGGAUCAUGCAUGUGCUUUCUAUUCAAAGGGUGGAGGGACUCUACUAAAGACAUCAUAUAUUCAUGGUCAAGGGGCCCUGUAGUCUGUAAGACACACAGUUGGUGUCCUCUGUGUUUUAAACAGAAGCCCUGGCCUGUAAUUGUAGGUUUACUUCUCUUUGUAAUUCCGAGUAUUACUUCUCUUGAUUUGGUUCC